CGACCUCUUUCGGCGCACUUGAAGAAGAACAUAAUCCGUGGAGGACGACUAAUACGCAGCCUUCUUUCCGUUUUGCGCCUGUUGUCUCUCUAUUGCUGGGCUCCGAUUUUCUGGCGAUAUAACGGGGAACGUAAGGUAAAUGCUAGAACCACAUGGUCAAUCCAGGCCACCCCAGCACAGGCUGCAAGAGCUGCAGACUAAGGCGCAUACUUUGUGAUUCAACGCGUCCAUCAUGCCUACGCUGCGUCAAAUCUCAUAGAAUUUGCUUAGGUUAUGAUGACCUCCGGCAAAAUGAGCCCCAGCAGACCGACACAGCACGACGUAGUUAUCCCCUCAGCGGCUUGUCGACCUCCUCUUGUUCGCGGUCGUUAGAUAUCAUACAGUCAUCUUCGACAUUUACGACAACUGAAAGUGAUGAUCGGGGAUCAUGGGAGUUGGCUGAUUUGAUAUGCUUGGUGGAAUACAUGAUCGCAGGCAACCUCGAGGACGAGAGACUCAACCUUAGUUCGAGAAACGUACUCUUCCUGUCAAAUAUUACUACCGGUCGGCACACCUCGAACGAAUCCACUGGGCUCUUUUUGUCAGUUCUAGAGUUAACAGGCACAAAUUUCUGGCUUCUGCAUCAGCCAUCACCAUCUCUAGCCGUAUUCAGUAAUGCGUCUCCAAAAUAUUAUUGCGUAACACGAAGAUUGAGAGAUGCAAUAGCAUCGUGUAGAGCAUCGCCUGCUCUGGUUGCUUCGGUCUUUCUUUUGGCAGUCAAUGACAUGGUGACCAACGACAGUCCGGUCGAUAGGACUUGGCAGACCCAUGUCAAUGGAUUGCUGUCACUGCUGGCGCAUAUUCGUCCUACCAGUGGGUGGUACUGCUUCUGCAACGCCGUGCAGAACGUCAGAGGAGACAACAAUUUUCAGGAUGUUGUGGCGCUAUUGAAUGAUCCCUUCGAGAAAAUUAGUUUGCUGCUGGAUAUAUCCAUGCUACGCCUCUAUGAUCUAUGCUUAGACGCCGAACGAUUGCUCUUCAUCCGCCAAGGUGCUCCACGACAACUCGAUGUGAAGAAAGUACAGUUGGCUAUUAAGCGUUUACAAAGAGACCUCCGUGUUGUACACCCAAUGCUAAGCAACUGCACGAAAGACGAAAACGUUGAAGGCUUUCUAGCCUUUCGUUGGAAUCAAUACCGAACGCUUAAUAUAAUCAUGGCUCGGGUACUCAUAAGGAGUAACGAGCUUAUUCACUCAAGUAACGGAUACCGAGAUUCUAAGGAGUUUAAGAUAUUAUUGAAAGCUGUACAGCAAGAAGUGGACGAGAUCUGUUCCAAUGUCCAAUCAGUCGCGAGGUACAAUGGAGGUUCAGGCACACCUUCGCCGCCCAAAUCGGAGUUAUUGACGGCUCUAAGUAUCGUCUGGCCACUACAAUGCGCUUUAAGUGCUCCUGGAAUAAAUGAGCAGCAACGUCUCUGGAUUUCAGAGAAACUUUGGAAUAUUGGAGAGCGAGCCUCUAUACCACAAUCCAUGUCAUUGGCUAGACUCAGAGAUGAAGCAACUAGUGACUCAGAUAUAAUAGCUGGGUUAUUACUGAUAGCAAUUAGUUUCUCCCCCCUACCUUCUUAAGAGCUGUUUUAUCAUAAAGAAUAUUUGUAUCUACACCGCAGGGCGCAUAGUAUUAAUUUCCUUCCCACACCACUGCUAGAAACUGUUGCUUUGGUGAACUCAAAAUAAGGAAAGAGCUGAUUCAUAUUGUCCGACGAAGUCCAUGUCACUGUGGUACUACUCAGGACGACAUUAACAGAUACAGCCUUAGAAACAGGUAACUUAUAUACACAAAUAGGACCUAGCCUAUUACACCACUACCUAAUUCCGUCUUAAAUUAGCUUAUUAUUAUGCUGGCUCCAAAGUCAUACCUUGAAAGUCAAAGUGCGACUCAGGUGACAAGCUACUAGCGAAUGGGAAAAGCGGUAUAUUUUGAUUCAAGAAGUACUCUGAU